AUGUCUUCUGCCAAGAAAAUUCUCAUUACUGGUUCCACCGAUGGUCUUGGUCUCGAAGCAGCCAAAAAGUUGGUCCAACAGGGACACUCCGUUUUGUUGCACGGAAGAUCCAAACAAAAGUUGGCUGACACUUACAAGGAAGUCAAGUCUCUCUUACAGUCGGAAGAUCAAGUUGUCGAGUCUUAUCGAGCUGACUUGUCCAAGUUAUCAGAAGUCGCUGCCAUGGCCGAAAAGGUGAAAUCUGAACAUUCGACCAUCGAUGUCUUGAUCAACAACGCUGGCAUCUUCAAAACGCCCCAAACCAAAACCGAAAGCGGUAUGGACGUUCGAUUCAUGGUCAAUACGAUAGCUCCCUAUUUAUUGACGAAACAGCUGCUUACUUUAGUACCAGAAGAAGGAAGAAUUGUCAAUUUGAGUUCAGCGGCCCAAGCACCGGUUGGGUUUCGAACGUGGUCGGAUCCCUCCCAAAAUUAUGACGACUUUGAUGCCUACGCCCAAUCCAAAUUGGGAAUCAUCAUGUGGUCCAAUCAUUUGGCUUCUUCUCUGCAAAAACAACCAAUGAUUGUGUCGCUCAAUCCCGCCUCGUUGUUGGGCACCAAAAUGGUUCGAGAGGGAUUCAACACCAUGGGCAAGGAUGUCAACAUUGGUGUCAAUAUCAUCAUCGAGGCUGCACUCGGUGAAUCCUUUGCCAACGCAUCCGGAAAGUAUUGGGACAAUGAUAACGGUCGGUUUGCCCCGCCGGGAAGCGAUGCGAGUGACCCUGGCAAGUGUGCUGAAUUGGUGGAAGCGAUGGAAACUAUCAUUGCACGAGAAUUGGGUGAAUGA